AUGCCUUUAAUCGACUGGCUGAUGUCAUCGCCUGACGAAUCUUCGCCGAGGUUCAAAACACAAACAUUACGGGCAGUGAUUACGGUAGCCAGCAGUCGUCUCCUUAUUUUACAAGGACUAUUCCUAUUAUUAUUGUCAUUAUUAUUAUUAUUAUUAUUAUUAUUAUUAUUAUUAUUAUUAUUAUUAUUAUUAUUAUUAUUAUUAUUAUUAUUAUUAUUAUUAUUAUUAUUAUUAUUAUUAUUAUUAUUAUUAUUAUUAUUAUUAUUAUUAUUAUUAUUAUUAUUAUUAUUAUUAUUAUUAUUAUUAUUAUUAUUAUUAUUAUUAUUAUUAUUAUUAUUAUUAUUACUGAAGGAAUAUUAUUAUCACUAUUAUUUACGCUUUUAUUUUUUUUAA